AUGGGCAGCCCCGUAUCAGCCGUCAUCGCCAACAUGUAUAUGGAAGCUUUUGAGAAUACUGCCCUAAACGACUGCCCGCCAAAACUCGAACCUAAGAUCUGGAAACGUUACGUCGACGACACCUUCAUCAUCGUCAACAAGCACAGAUCCAAGGAUCUCUUGGAUUUCAUGAACCGAAGGGAAACCACCAUCAGGUUUACCGCCGAACAUGAAACCAACGGAUCGUUAGCCUUCCUGGAUACUGAGGUACACAGACAAGCAGACGGCACCCUUAAGACUACAGUCUACAGGAAACCCACCCACACAGACCAGUAUCUGCGCUACGACACCCACCACCCACAAGCUGUCAAACGCGGUUUAAUCAAAUGCCUCUACGACAGAGCGAACAGAAUCGUCUCUAAACAAUCGGAUUUGUCACCAGAACAGCGCCAUCUUCAGUCGGCACUAGCUCUGAAUGGUUACCCCAAGGCUUUCAUCAAGAAGUCACGCAAACCUAAGGAGCGGAUCAUUCUAGAGGAGAAGCAAUUCACUUCAACAGUAGUCCUGCCCUACGUCUCCUCCAUAGCACACCAGCUGCGACGACGACUGGAGAAACACAACAUCCGCGCUGUCUUCAAGUCAGACACCACCCUUAGGAACCAACUCGUCACAGCCAAAGACCCAAUACCAACUUACAGGAAAGACGGUGUUGUUUACCAGAUACCAUGCAAGGACUGCAACUUCUCAUAUAUCGGAGAGACAGGCAGACCAGUAAAGGAGAGGCUAACCGAACAUCAGAGAGACGUCAGGCAGCGAAACACCAUACUCUCGGCAGUAGCAGAACAUGCAUGGGAACAACAACACCAACCCGAUUGGACUGGCGUCAGAUGUAUUGACUCUGCACAACAUUGGCAUACCAGACGUGUGAAAGAAGCCAUCCAGAUUCGACUACAUUCUAACACACUCAAUCGAGACGUAGGCUUCGAAAUCGCCGAAUCAUGGAUGCGCUGCAUUAGACAACACCACAGCAAAAAAACGCCCUCAACCGACCAACAACAACCACCGCCGGCAACACCAACACCGAGCUGUCACCCACGUCCGCAUCUCGACACACUCACCGACGUACGGCAACCACCCGCACUUUCGGCCGGUUCCCUACGACGUCCGCAUACCCGCUAUAACCUUCGCCCUCGCACCAAAGUCUCCAUCAAACUGGGCGUUGUGGCGUGCCUGUUACCAAUGGACAGCAAUUUCAUUCUGAGGAUACAUCCAUGGAAGCCUUCAGAUUUCGUCAGCCCUGAUCCAUGA